AACAAAGGUAAAGGAGAGAGCAAGAGAGAGAGAGAGAGAGAGAGAGUAAAAGAGGAAACGAGAGAGGGAGAUAGAGAGAGAAAGAGAGCGAGAGAUCAGAUGUUUCGAAUCCUAUCCUCUUAGGAGGGGAAGAUGCAAAUAUGGAUGUAUAAUACGGACUAUCGUAGUGAUACAGUCAGAUCCAGAAGUAUUUUUAUUAGGAUCGCGUAGUAAGCAUCAUAUUGGCAGAUAUGGCUGAUAAUAACUUACUCUAAGAGACGACGAACCUCUUUUACUCUCUCGCUCCAACAACUAUAGUGGUGAUGGCGAUGGUGGGCAGCAGUGGGGCUACCAUCAUUGGGUCAAGUGGCGGGGGCGGUGAGGUUGAAGCUGGGUUUGCAAAGCUCCAAGGAGAGGACUUUGAGUACUACAUGCAAACUUAUUCUAUAAUGCUGGGCCGCAAUAGCAAGAAAUCGACUGUCGAUGUUGAUCUGUCGAGCUUGGGUGGCGGCAUGAACAUCUCCCGCCACCAUGCACGCAUAUUCUACGACUUCCAGCGCCGCCGCUUUGCUCUUGAUGUUAUUGGCAAGAAUGGGUGCCUUGUUGAAGGUGUUCUCCAUUUGCCCGGGAGCCCCCCUGUCAAGUUGGACUCACAGGACCUCCUCCAGAUCGGCGACAAGAAGUUCUACUUCCUCCUCCCCACUCGCUCCAUCUUUGCAUCUGCCGCUGCCGCCCGCCACCACCCUCCUCCUCCCGCCCUUCCCCUGGCACCGAUUCUGCCAUCAUCUUUUCUACGGAAGGGCCGACCGCAUCUGUCUGAUUUCCGUGAUGGUUCCUAUGAUGAGGAUGAUGGUGAGGACGGUGAUGAUGACGAAGAGGAAAGCAUGGAGGAUGGUGCCAUUAAAGGGAUGGUACCGAGGAAGACCAUGAAGAGGUUUUCUGGUGGGUCAGAGGGAUUUGAAGGUUAUGGUGUUGGCCCCGGAGUGGCCGGGCCCUUGGAUAAGAAGUCUGAAACAAGAUCAAGGGCCGAUAGAGAAGCAGAUAAUCAUCAACUACUGCAAUUAGAAGAGAAAGAUGUUGUCUCAUCCGUUGCCACGGUGCUCUCCGAUCUAUGUGGCCCUGGAGAAUGGAUGCCUCUAGCAAAACUUCAUGCGGAGCUCGUUGAACAAUUUGGCAACGUGUGGCACCACAGCAGAGUGAGAAGGUACCUCACAUCCGAGGAGUGGCCGCCAACGGAAACAAAAGGGAGGCCGUGGUUUGGGCUCUUAACAUUGCUUCGAAAGUACCCCGAGCACUUUGUCAUUAACACGAGAUCGAAAGGAAGAGUCACCUCGGAGUUUGUAUCAUUAGUUUCCUUGCUCUCUUAGGACAGUUUUAAGUUAAUUUAACAAUUAAUCAGAGCAAGCUAUUGUUGUAGUUCUCCGGGCCACGCCAUCCCCGCCCAUUUAACUGUUUAAUUUGUAACAUGGAUUGCGAUACUUGGACAAAUAUUGAUUUAGUUAACUUGGUUUGCACAAAUGUUGAUUCUCUC